AUGGUCCCUAUUGCUCAUCAUCUUUUACAUGGCAAUGCCUGUCAGAGGAAAUUGACCAUGUUCAGCCAGGAUAUUCAGCCCUGCAAACAUCAAUGGAAAUGUCAAUGCCAUACUGCAGCACAGCCGGGAUCUGAGCAGUUUGAGAUGAACAAAGGCGGGUGGACCUGUGCCGGACCAACUCAUCAAUUGAUCAAUGCAGCCGUCGAAUCAAGCAGACCAGAUGGUUUCUGCUUCGAUGCUGGUGGCUUGGAUCCCCAUUGUGCCUAUGUGUCCCGUUUCCAUAUUCGGAAACCACGCUUCAAUGGCGUCAAUUCAUGUUUGAUAGCUCAGCACAUUGUCCGUUGUAAUUGA